ACUCUGGGGUCUGACAUGACAACCUGUAACUGUGACAAUUCAGUCAUAAAGAAAUGUCUCCACAGAGAGAAGAAGAGGGGGAGGAGGAGGAGUGGUGUUUGUGAGGAGGAGCAGCUACCAGAUAGUGGUCUGCAGGAGGUUUUAGAUGAACAUCAGAUCAGUCUGAGGAGGAGAUGUGAACAUGUGACUGAAGGAACUGAUGGAACAGGAAGUAGAACCCUCCUCAACAGGAUCUACACUGAGCUCUACAUCACAGAGGGACAGAGUGAAGAGGUUAAUACCCAACAUGAGGUGAGGCAGCUGGAGACAGCUUCCAAGAAGAAGACCCUCCAUGACACUCCAAUCAGGUGCCAGGACAUCUUUAAAGCCUUACCUGACCAACAGAGACUCAUCAGAGUGGUUCUGACCAACGGCGUCGCUGGUGUUGGAAAAACCUUCUCAGUGCAGAAGUUCACUCUGGACUGGGCAGAGGGCUUGGAAAACCAAGAUGUCAGUCUGCUGGUUCUGCUUUCGUUCAGGGAGCUGAACCUGAUCAGAGAUGAGCAGUACAGUCUUCUCACGCUGCUCCAUGUUUUCCAUCCAACAUUACAGAAGGUCACAGCAGAGAAGCUGGCUGUCUGUAAAGUUCUGUUCAUCUUUGACGGCCUGGAUGAAAGCAGACUUUCACUGGAUUUCAACAACAGGAAGGUUGUGUCUGACGUCACACAGAAGUCAUCAGUCAACGAGCUGCUGACAAACCUCAUCCAGGGGAAUCUGCUUCCCUCGGCUCUGGUCUGGAUAACUUCCAGACCUGCAGCGGCCAAUCAGAUCCCUCCUUCAUGUGUUGACAGGGUAACAGAAGUACGAGGCUUCACUGACCCACAGAAGGAGGAGUACUUCAGGAGGAGAUCCAGUGAUGAAGAGCUGUCCAACAGAACCAUCUCACACAUCAAGACCUCCAGGAGCCUCCACAUCAUGUGUGGAGUCCCAGUCUUCUGCUGGAUCACUGCUACAGUUCUGGAGCACAUGUUGACUACAGAGCAGAGAGGAGAGCUGCCCAAGACCCUGACUGACCUGUUCUCACACUUCCUGCUGGUUCAGACAAAGAGGAAGAAGAACAAGUACCAUGAGGGACAUGAGACGAGUCCACAGGAGCUGACGGAGGCUGACAGGGAAGUUCUUCUGAAGCUGGGGAGGCUGGCGUUUGAACAUCUGGAGAAAGGAAACAUCAUGUUCUACCAAGAAGACCUGGAGCAGUGUGGUCUUGAUGUGACAGAGGCCUUGGUGUACUCAGGAGUUUGUACAGAGAUCUUCAAAAGAGAGAGUGUGAUCUUCCAGAAAACAGUCUACUGCUUUGUUCAUCUGAGCGUUCAGGAGUUUCUGGCUGCAGUCUACAUCUUCCACUGUUUCACCAACAGGAACACACAGGUACUGGAGGACUUCCUGGGAGAAGACUGGGACAACAGGGACUCUAAAUCAGAGUCUCUUUUCCAAAAGAUUUUAAAGAUCUUUGGGAACAAUGAUGGCCACGGUCCAUCUCUGGAUGUCUUCCUGAGGAGAGUCAUGGAGAAAUCCCUUCAAAGUAAAAAUGGCCACCUGGACCUGUUUGUUCGCUUCCUUCAUGGCCUCUUUCUGGAGUCCAACCAGAGGGUCUUAGGAGGUCUGCUGGGUCAGACAGAGAACAGUCCAGAAAUCAUCCAGAGAGCCAUCAACAACCUGAAGGAGAUGAACACUCGCAAUAUUUCUCCUGACAGAAGCAUCAACAUCUUCCACUGUCUGAUGGAGAUGAACGAUCACUCAGUUCAUCAGGAGAUCCAAGAGUUCCUGAAGUCAGAGAACAGAUCAGAGCAGAGACUCUCUGAGAUCCAGUGCUCAGCUCUGGCCUACAUGCUGCAGAUGUCAGAGGAGGUUCUGGAUGAGUUGGACCUGAAGAAAUACAAGACAUCAGAGGAGGGACGACGGAGACUGAUCCCAGCUGUGAGGAACUGCAGGAAGGCUCGACUCCCUGGUUGUGGACUCUCAGAGACUCACUGUGAAGUCAUGGCCUCAGCUCUGAAGUCCAACCCCUCCCAUCUGACUGAACUGGACCUGAGCUACAAUGACCUGGAGGAUUCAACAGUGGAGGUGGUCUCUACUGGACUGCAGAGUCCACACUGUAGACUGGAGACUCUGAGGUUGAAGAACUGCAGUUUGUCAAAGAUCAGCUGUUCUUCUCUGGUCUCAGCUCUGAAGUCCAACCCCUCCCAUCUGAGAAAACUGGACCUGAGUGAAAACUGGGACCUGAAGGAUUCAGGAGUGAAGGAGCUGUGUGGUUUUCUGCAGAGUCCAGACUGUAGACUGGAGACUCUGAGGUUGGUUUACUGCAAUUUAUCAGAGAUCAGCUGUUCUUCUCUGGCCUCAGCUCUGAAGUCCAACCCCUCCCAUCUGAGAGAACUGGACCUGAGCUUCAACAACAAGCUGAAGGAUUCAGGAGUGAAGGAGCUGUGUGGUUUUCUGCAGAGUCCAGACUGUAGACUGGAGACUCUGAGACUGUUCGCCUGCAGGUUGUCAGAGAUCAGCUGUUCUUCUCUGGUCUCAGCUCUGAAGUCCAACCCCUCCCAUCUGAGAGAACUGGACCUGAGUGGCAACAACAACCUGCAGGAUUCAGGAGUGAAGGAGCUGUGUGGUUUUCUGCAGAGUCCAGACUGUAGACUGGAGACUCUGAGGUUGGAGUCCUGCAGUUUGUCAGAGAUCAGCUGUUCUUCUCUGGUCUCAGCUCUGAAGUCCAACCCCUCCCAUCUGAGAGAACUGGACCUGAGCAGAAACAACCUGCAGGAUUCAGGAGUGAAGGAUCUGUUAGAUCUUGUGGAGGACCCAGACUACAGACUGCAGACUGUGAGCUGGAAGUGAUGAUCUUCCUAAAGGUGAGAGUCUGUGUCUGGUCCAUGUUACUGGGAGGUAGAGUGGAGAGGAGAGCUUCAUCCAGCAGUGACUGACAGAGAAAUCAGAGGGAGUGGAGAUGACUCUCAGUGCUGCAGUCUGAACUGAUCUGAGAACAGCUCCACUGUCAGACACAGAGUCCAGUCCACCAUCAUCCCUGUGUGUUCCUCUGGAUCUGACAGAGCAGCAGCAGAGUAUCUGGACUCUGCUGCUGCUGGUUCUUCUUCACUGUAACAUGUAUCUCUGUAUUCUGUAACAGACUGUUAUAUUUGUAGAAUCCAGUGUGUGUUGGGGGCCUGGUGAAAUAACAACCCUGAAAUUAAAGUACAUCAU